CUGUUUUUAAAAGUUACAAUCAACAAAAAAUAAAAUAAAAUAAAAUAAAAUAAAACCUACGUAAUAUUGCUGAAGCAGACUUGAAGAACGAUGUUUUUUCAUAAUCAACCAAUAACAUCUGAGCUUGCAGCAGAAAAUGGCCUCACGAAAAUGAGGUCGAAGUUAUUUGUCCAUAACUUCCUUAUCCAGUUAUUUCGAACUGCUCCACCUCGUCUCUUGUAAUUGCCGUCGUAUCUUUGUAUUCUUGCCCAGAAUUAGUUUCCUGGGGGAACAUUCUGUUAGCAUCAACGAAGAGCCGCAUCUAAAUCUGGGGCAUUUAUAUUUAUUUUACAAAACACCGGGAAGUACCAAGGACGGCAAGCUGGAAGAACUCAUUACAUUUUCAGAAGACUGCGACAUUCUUGUAAAACAAUUCCUUCGAAUCAGAAUCAAAGAGGUAUAUUCUUGUCGAAUAUCUCUUUAUUCUUUUCUCCAUUUUUGUUUUUGCACUUGUAUUUAUAUGAACUGGGCUAAACUGACGUGAUUGUAUAGCAAUAGUGCAAAAUAAACAAAAUGAACUACGAAAAUUAUGAUCCUUCUUUCCCUGAUCAGCCUGUUGUGGAUCUCUACCUCCCUCUUUGGGCUAAGCUGCCAGCCUUCCGCUCCAAGCCAGCUUUCAUUUGGGCUACUGGUGACUCCGCCAAUGAAGGCAAGGUUUCACUGACACUCACCUAUGCUCAACUCAAUGAGUCAGUGCAGACUAUUUCUUCUCAACUGUUGCUUCCAUUGCAGAGAGGUGAUACUGUUGUUGUUUUGUGCCCACCGGGGCUUCAGCUUGUUGAGGUCAUCUUUGGUUGCCAAAGAGCGGGCCUUUUGAGCAUACCAAUAUUUCCGCCUCACCCUUCUUUUGCUGAUGAAAAUUAUCACCAUCUUGUCAGAGUUCUGUCGCAGACAAAGCCUAAAGCUGCAAUAGCUCACCCGGGUUACAUUGCAAGUGUUGGAGAAUACAUUUCUUCGUCCUCUAACAAUAAGAAUCUUGCACUUAUGUUGCGAAACAUAAGGUGGAUUUCUACAGAUGAUAUCACAGCUAAAAGGGCUGAUUCAAAUGUGGGCUCUUUGCUGUAUGCUGGGUGCGAACCAGAUGAAGUGUAUUUGAUUCAAUACACUUCAGGCUCAACUGGGAUCCCAAAGCCGGUGCUUGUGACCGCAGGCUCUGCUGCUCACAAUGUUAGAACAGCUAGAAAGGCUUAUGAUCUUCACCCCAAUAGUGUUAUUGUCUCUUGGUUGCCUCAGUACCAUGAUUGUGGCCUCAUGUUUCUGCUACUGACUAUUGUAUCAGGUGCAACAUGUGUGCUAACAUCACCUAAUGCAUUUCUUAGGCAGCCAAGGCUAUGGCUGGAGCUUAUUACGGAGUUCAAAGCUACUUGCACUCCUGUUCCAUCAUUUACAUUGCCACUAGUUGUGAAGCGAGGUGGCGUUGAUAAAGGGUCUUCACGAAUAAACCUAUGGAGUAUGAAGAACCUGAUCAUCAUUAAUGAGCCUAUUUACAAGAAAUCGGUAGAAGAAUUCGUUCAUUCGUUCAAAGACUUUGGACUUAAUCCAUCGUCUAUCUCUCCAUCUUACGGCUUAGCAGAGAACUGCACUUUUGUUUCAACUGCCUGGAAGAACAACAACAACUCAGAUAAUACUUUCCAAAACCUCCCCACUCAUAAACAACUCUUACCUACUGCAAGACUUGCUUCGAGCCAUGAAGAAGACGAGGACAUAACAAUUGUAGUGGUAAAUGAAAACACACAUGAGCCUGUUGAGGAUGGAGUUGAAGGUGAGAUUUGGGUUUCAUCUCCAAGCAAUGCCUCCGGCUAUCUCGGCCAUCCCUUCUUAACUCGCGAGAUAUUUCAAGCAAGGCUGGGCAACAUGGCGAGCAAGUGCUUUGUUCGCACUGGAGAUAGAGGAAUCGUCAAGGGAGAAGAAAGAUUCCUCUUUGUGACAGGUCGAUGUUCAGAUGUUAUAAAGCUUGCAAACAGCGAAGAAAUUCACCCUCAUUACAUCGAGACAGCUGCUUAUACUGCUUGCCCAAAGUACCUCAGAGGAGGCUGCCUUGCUGCAUUCAAGAUUUCAAGAACAAUAGCUCUGGUUGCUGAGAUGCAUAGAAGUGAGAAAGAUAUCAGGGUGUUGAGGAUGAUCUGCGAGAAGAUGAAGCUGAGUGUUUUCAAAGAAGAGGGGCUUGAAGUAGGGAUGGUGUUUCUGGUAAAGAGUGGAGACGUUCCAAAGACAACUUCAGGUAAAAUACAAAGAUGGGCAGCCAAGAAUAAGCUUAUGAAAGGUCAAAUGAGUAUAGUAAUGGAGAUGGGACUGGACAAUGUGUCAGCCACAACUGAAGCAAGUCAAAGGAAAGGAAGAGGCCUGAUAGGUAACGGUGAAGAUGAAGAGGUUUUUGUUUCCUCCGUAAACUAUCAAACGCGUCCCUUCUUGCUCUCUCAAUUGUGAGAUUUGUGCUUGAAAUAUUGUAAUUAUUUGUGUUGUUUUGCUGUUUAAUAUAUACGUACUCAUAAAUCACAUGUAUGGUAGGAUUGGAUUUCAAUCGAAUUCAAAUAAAACCUAACUCAAGGUUCUUG